AUGGGUGACGACGACAUUGAUGGAUGGGCAAACAUUCAUCAUGACAUCUUGAAGGAAAUUGCGGAGCACUUCUAUUCGUACGAUGAUUUCAUCCAACUUCGUUUAGUUUGCAAGCAAUGGAGCUUGAAACUUCCAGAGAUCUCCAGCGAGAUUUUGUGGCUGCUGAUGCCUGAAGAAUCUUCCAGUACUCAUAUUUACGAAGACGAGGAGAUCUACCAUCUCAUGCAGUUACCUAUUGCUAAUGAAGUACCACUUGAUAUUCAGUCUCUUUAUGAAGACGAGAUCCACCAUCUCAAGCUACCAGAGAUGCAGAACAAAUUCAUCCGUGGUUCUUUUGGUGGAUGGUUGAUCGUCCAAGAUAUAUACCAGCAAGGUUCGAUGUAUAUGUUAAAUGCGUUUACAAAGGUAGUCCAUCUAGAUCUUCCUCCAAUAUCGACUUUUCCGGAUAUAAUUGACUACAAUCCUAACAAUUAUGGCCUUGAAUAUACUAUUCGGGUUUUGGACGAUGACGAUAUGGAUGAUUACCGGAGGUCGAGCAGUUGGAUAAAUAGGAUCUGGGUUUGGAAGGUUAUUAUAAAUUCAUGUCCUAGUAAUGACAAUGAAGAUUUUAUGGCAGUGGCUAUAUAUGGACCUGGUUGUACAUUAGCCUUUUACAAACCAAAUGAUAAGAGAUGGUUAGAUCUUUCAACUAGAAAACCGUCUUUUCAUGAUGUCAUAUUUUUUGGAGAAAAGAUAUAUGCAGUAGAAGAACGUGGCCAGCUAUACGAAUUUGAUACAAACACAAAGUCAGGGCCUGUAGGUGGUAUUCAUGAAGCCAAACCUCCCUCUGAUGCUGCGGUGGGUCCUUAUCAGCUUAAAUAUUUGGUUGGGUGUGCUAAUGGAAGUUUAUUGAUGCUGGUGAGACAUUUUACUUAUCGUGGAUUAUGUACUUACAAAUUUGAUAUCUAUGAAUUGAAGAAGAAUGCAAAAGAAUGGUCCAGACUAGAUAGUUUGGAAAAUUGCGUACUGAUGAUUGGACUCAACUCUUCUGUUCAAAUGCUGCCUGCAAGUAUUCAAACCAAAGGAAAUCAAAUCUACUUUACAGAUAAUCUAAUAGAAUUGAAAUCAAUGGAGGAUGCCGAACUUCAAGAUAUUGGCAUCUUCGACUUGGACGAUGGAAGUUGUCAAAAACUAUUAUCCGAUGUGAAGUUCUUGUGUCCUCCUGUCUGGUGUUAUUCUAGCUCAUUUCUUUAG